AUGUACCGGGAUUAUAAAAAGAAAUUUCAAAAUUUAGUCAUUCCUGCUGUAAAAAGAGUAGAUUUGUAUUAUGACAUAUUAUCACCGUAUUCGUGGUUGUGUUUUGAGAUUCUGACACGUUACAAGUCCAAAUGGAGGAAUAUGGAUCUAAGAUUAAAACCGCUUUCACAGGAAGACGUUUUAAAAGGAGCAGGGAAUCAGCUUCCAGGCAAUGUUCCAAUAAAAAUGCAGUAUAUACUACAAGAUCUAGCAAGACUAGGACAGUACCAUCAAGUACCCUUCAAAAUCCCUGCUGAUUUGAAAGAAGUUAUGUAUGUGAAAGGAUCAAGACCCGCUAUGUUAUUUAUAACAGCAGUUGAUAUUGAAAACUCCGAAUAUACAGAAGAACUUUCUCGACAGCUAUGGUUGCGAGUGUGGGGCAGGGUGAGUUGUGGGGUUGUUUAG